CCCUCCAUUCUACUUUCAAAAUGUUCAAAUACCUGGCUGUUGCGGUAGUUUUCUUUGGCUGUGCCGCUGCCCAGGAGCCAAGGCGCGAUGCACAGUGGCCUCCGCCAGCAAUUCUUAAAAUGGGGAAGCACUUCCAUGACAUUUGUGCACCCAAAACUGGUGUCACUGAUGAGGCGAUAAAGGAGUUCAGCGAUGGCCAAAUCCACGAGGACGAAGCCCUCAAGUGCUAUAUGAACUGUCUUUUCCACGAGUUCGAGGUCGUCGACGAUAAUGGCGAUGUGCACCUGGAAAAGCUCUUCGCCGCAAUCCCUGGGGAGAAAUUGAGGAGUGUUUGGAUUGAGGCUUCUAAGGACUGUAUCCAUCCGGAAGGCGACACCCUGUGCCACAAGGCCUGGUGGUUCCACCAAUGCUGGAAAAAGGCUGACCCAGUCCACUAUUUCUUGAUCUAAAGCUCACUAUAUGUUAGGUGCUUUUCAGAAAAUAUUCAGAAUGGUUGAUGUUUAAUUAAGGCCAAAGAACCAGAGGUUUCUGACUUUACUUGUAUGAUAAAUAUUUACUUUAUUCAAUUGUUCCUAAUAAAUAAAUAAAUAAUAUAAAAAAAUGGUUGAAGGAUAAAAAAAUA